ACUCACGUAGAAAAACCAACAUUUUAUUCAGACAUUGACUAGAAUACACAAUAUUUACCUGUAACCUUAUGCUAUGCAAAUAGAAAAGUUGAUUCAAAACUGAACGCGUGAAAAAUUUGUUGGUUUUUUUUUUCAAGAAACACAAGUUCAAGUAUCUACUUAUUUACAUUGAUGGUUGAUAUAAAAAUCCUAUGCUCGAAUUUUACUAUUUUAAAUGAACGGGAAGUACUAUAUUUACUUCAUAUUAUAGUAAUUAUAAACAAAAUGCAAAUAUAUUGUAGUAAUUAUAAACAAUUUAUUGAUCUGUCAUUAAAAUAAUGCCAAUUUUUGUUCGUUCAAUUUUGUAAAAGUAUGAUUGUCAGACAUUUUUAUCAUUAGACUUCGUUAUUACAUAUAGAGAACUAAAAGUUUAUGAGUUAGUAUAAUUUAUUGUUUACCCAACAAAAUAGCCUAUAGGUCUGUGAGCAAAACGUAAAUCAUAAAGUUGGAAAAAAAUAUGUUUAUAGAGUAAAUUAGAACUAUAACGUUCCUUACGAAAUGUAGUUCCUAAUAAUUCUAGUGUUUUUCUGUAAUGUGUAACAUUAUCAAAAUGUCUCUCUCUUUUCUGAGCGUUUUUCCAGUUACUUCCUCCCAUUGAGUGUCGAAGCCCAGGGCCCAUUACAUACCCAUUACAUAAACAUAUGUAACUGAUGCGUUUUGUAUUGACAAAUCAGUCAUGAACGCGACCAUGACACGACACGCAUGACCCUCAAUCCGUUGGCCGUCCACAUAUUGAGCCUGUCAAGUUCACUGAACGAGAUGGGUGACCGCUGACCAGAUAUAAACAUGAUAACGGCCUCCCGUGACUUCUGAAUGUUGGUAUGUUACUUCUGAAUUUCAUUCAUCAGUAUCAGUUUACUAGUUUUUUAGAUUAUUCGUAACAAAUAAAAAUAUUACAUUCCUCUAGCGUAAAUGUAGCAAGGUAGUAGAGCGUCAUUUGCAAACUACUUAUAUAUCAAUUCUGACACACGAAAUGCACAGAAUAAUACAACUUUAGAUUAUUUUUCGAAAACUCAUGGGUACAUAGGUACAUAGGUUUUUUUUCUAUGUCAAUUUCAUAAUCCCAUAAUUUUAUAUAAUAUAAUUUACGAUUUCGACGUUCUUGAGAACGUGGGAUUUUUCUUCUAAGUUAUUGUUAACAAUAUUUUGGUAUUAUUAAAUAAUUGGAAUCAUUAGGAAUCAAGAAUAAAUUAUCGAAGGCUAAUUAUAUUUUAAAAGGCUGAAUAUGAACAAUAUACAAAAUUACACACACAUGUUGCAAACCAAGUCAUUGUAUAUAAAAUUUAAAAAUACAUACAUACUUUUUUGGUCAAAGACAGAUUGACAAACAAAAGACAUCAACGAAAUUUAAGAAAUGAUCGGAAUUAAAUCAUCAAUUUAUUAAUCUGUGCAAUACAUUACAUAAUACAAGUAACAUAUUAUUGAGAAUUACAACACAUGCUUCCAUUCGCGUCAAUGCGGAUCCCACCUGCAUAAGGAUUUCGGACAUUGGGUUUCCCAACAUCUCAUAAAGCCUUCACUAUCCGUGUCAAACAAUAAGACAGUUAACUGAAUAAGGAAAGUAAACUGGUGGGGGCGUGGGGGGGGGGGAGCAAGCUUCUCGUCUCAGGACAUCUCCAGUGCGUCGCAGUGGAUUUUCUGAAGGCUGCGGCGCGGGCCGCAUGCCAACACCGCGGUUGACCUCGUGCGACCCUAUUAAAUACAAGACACAUCAACAACUUCACAUAGUAUCUCCCUUAUUCCCAACAAUGAAGUUCCUCUUGUGCUGUUUCGUCAUCGCGACGCUUGCGAAGGUGGCGCUACCAGCGCCGGCGGACGGUUUCGUGUUCCCUGAUGAUGUACGGGGUGGGAAGAAAUUGGAGCCUAUUAUUACGCCGCCAGUUUUACCAGUUUUGGAGCAUUUGGAGCGGGAUCCGUCUACGCUUAUAAGUGAACCUUCGACGAGGUCUUUUUCGAGUCGUGUGAAGCCGAAGUUCAUCGGUGGAGGGUUCAACGUGGGUCCUACUGGAAGUGGGGGCAUGUCGGCUAGCAUCAGCGGCAGCGCCAAUCUAGGCGGUACGAGUCUUGCGGCUUCGCAAUCUUUCUCCUUUGGACUGAAUGAAGGAUUUGGCGCCUCGCAGUCUGCCAGCCAAUCGUCUUCUUUUGGAUUUGGAGGGUUUAGCGGCAGUCAGGCCAGCAGUCAAUCGGCUUCAUUCAGCGGACUAGGUGGAUCGGCCUCGGGCGCUGCGUCCUCGGCUUCCUCCGUGUCAAGUGGCUUUGGCUCCAGCAGCUUCAGCUCGGGCCAGAGCGCUUCUCAGGCUUUUGGAUUCAACUCGCUAGGCGGCUUUGGCCAAUCUGAGCCUGUCUACGACCCCGUUGCAUUCGACGACGUGAGACACCGUGGGGUGCCCAAUUUUCCCAUACCAAGCCUUCUGGGCCACGGCAAGGGUGUCGGCGCGGCGGCCUACAGAAGAGGCUCUAGGAAGGGCGGGGACGACUUCGUGUCUGUCCUUAUAUCUAACUUGUAAUGCCUGCCUGCUUCGCCGAUGCAAAUGAAAAGUUUCUCAGACGAGAAAGAACAAAGAGGAAUGUAAUUAAUUAUUUGUAAACAUCCAUGAACUGCCUGUGCUGAUACGAUCACGUAUGCGUAAACCGACAAGUUUAAAAAUGCCUGGCCCCGGGCCUGGCUGGGGCAAACCCAUGAAGUGCUGGCUUGAUGUUGUCAAAGAGGAUAUGUCAAUGUUUUGAUUACUAAGAAUACUGAAGACCGUGCGAAACAGAGAAGAAAGUGUACGAAAGCUAUCCACAGGCUCCGUCGCUGAGAUCAGAGAAGAGAUACAUACAACCAUGAUCUUUAUUGGCCGUCGAUGGCCAACGACUAAGCCAAUGUAUGGUUGUCCUAGAAGAUCGUAACUAUGGCAGAGAUGUGGAUAUUAUAUGUAUGGAGAUCCUCAAUUUUACCUCUCUGAAAAUGCAGAGAAACAAAUAUUGAGGGCACUCGAGAAACUUUGCUGUUUUUCACCAUACGUACAAUUUUAAGCUAACAACAGCGUUGUUAAAAUCUCAAUCAAUGAUCAUCAUUAAUAACUUCCCUGAUCGAAAAUGCUAUAGCAACCACUAUGAUAAAACGAGUUAUCAGUAGGACCACUUCUAAUAAUCAGGUUAUUUUUAUGAAUUAUUCAUUUUCUACUUUUUGGCCACAGUACUAAUAAAUAACGGCGUGGUCAAAUGGUGAAUACAAAAAAAUAUGUAUUGACCACACGCGUAGUCAGCUCCAUGUGGUCAUAUAGUGAACAACCCGAUAAAAUAAGUAGCUAUAGAGUUGUUUAGUGUAACAUCUAGUUAUUUAUAAAUUAACGUGUUAUUACAUCUAGCCUCAUUCAUGGAGAACAACGAAUUUAGCUAGUCUGAAUUAAUUUAUUUAAUUUUAAUUAGUGUAUAAAGAUUUACAAGGUAACAUACUCACAAUUUAUAAACCAUUAAAAUAUUUUUUUUAA